CCAAAAGAUGUUUGCCAACCGCCAUUAAAAAGGAAAGAAGAAGAAGAAGAAGAACAUACGUGGCCUUUUCUAGAGAGGCACAAGCAGGAGCUCAUCACUACACAAAAUGGAGCUGGAGACUAUGACGAGAUACACGAGCCCGGUGAACCCGGCCGUGUUCCCCCACCUGACCGUGGUCCUGCUGGCCAUCGGAAUGUUCUUCACAGCCUGGUUCUUUGUCUAUGAGGUGACGUCGACCAAAUACACCCGGGACGUGUACAAGGAGCUGCUGAUCUCGCUGGUGGCGUCGCUCUUCAUGGGUUUCGGAGUGCUCUUCCUGUUACUGUGGGUCGGCAUCUAUGUGUGAAGAUUAGGCCCUGGUGCUGGUGGCGUGGUCCAGAGGAGCAUUCCUGCGGGCCGGGUGCUGAUCCCGGCGCACACCAUCGUUCUGGGCCGUGCCACGGACACCGGGCUCAGGGAGGGGGGACUUUGCACUGACAUGGGGCGGGGUUUCGGGUUCUGUGGUCACCAAUAAAGAGAGAUUUCGUACAAAAACA